AUGGGCAAUAACGUCAUUAAGCAAGAAAUAUAUAAUAGAAAGGGUGUCUUCGAGCCUGGAUUGCAAACAUUUGCAAAUUUGUAUUUAACGCGCCUAAUUAAAUUCCAAUGCCUUGGAAAGCCAAGACAGAGACAAGGACCGCAAAAACAUUUGACGACUGAUAUCAAGAACGAAAUUGUGAACAAAUAUUAUCGGAAAAAUCCCAUGAGUCGGGCCACAAUCGCAAGAAUGCUCGGUUUAUCUUGGACAACUGUUAACAAUGUUGUUGAGAAAUACGCAAAAGAUGGCACAGUAGAGCCCAAACCACGAGGAGGAUCACGAAAAAAAUCCUGA